CCUUUCCGUCCCCCCCCCACCCACCCCCUCCCCACCCCCCGCCCGCCCCGUCUCCCUCUCGCUCCCUCUCUCUCUCUCUCCUCCUCCUCCUCUUCCUCCUCCUUCUCUUCCCCGGUUGAUGUUUCUACAGCUUCGCCAAACUCCGAGCGGGGCAUCUGAUCGAAACCCCGCCAGGAGCAGGGCCGGCGUGCCGAGCGUGGGAUUUCUUUCUGGGCUCGCCUGCGCCUCCUGCGAGCUGCCGCUGCUGCUGGCUUUCGCCUGGCUUUGCUUUCCAUGGCCUUUCUGAAUGGCUGACUGCGGGCUUCGCUGGAUCUGGCCCCCAGACCCCCGCCUCUGUUCUUGCAACUCGGGUCGGCUUCAAGAGAGAGAGGGAGGGAGAGAUCUUUGAAGGGAACCGCUCGCUCUCUCUCUCUCUCUCUCUCUUCUCUCUCUCUUCUCUCUCCCCAGCCGUUCCCCUUUUGUAAUUUUUUUUUUUUUACUUUUCUUCCCCUUUUGCUAACAGACAAUCGCCUCGCGCUUUCCUCCUCUUCCUCCUCCUCCUCGCCUCUUUUUUCUUCUUUUUCUUUUUUCUUUCCCCCCCCCUCUGGUCCACUCGUCCGCGUUCCCCCUUUUCCUUUUCUCAACCCCACUUUUCGGGUGCCUGCCUGCUGCGUGCGUGCGUGCGUGUCUGCUUCCCGCAUUUUAUUUACUAUUUUUGCAAUUGUACCGGGAAGGGGGGGGGGCGGAAGAGCCGUCCGAGAUUUUUUUUUUCCUACCAUCCCCCCCUUCUCCUUCCAUCCAAAGCAUUAAAUUAAACUGAACGAAAGGACCGGCGAAAGGAAGGGGGGAAGAAGCCAACCAGAGAGCGAGAGAAGGGGAAAAUUUAAAAGAAAACCAGCACCAUCGCCGAUUGACGACGCGCUGCCUUCUCCUCCAGAACAACUUCCCAAGCCAAGAAAAAUCAAGAACAACUUGCCAACGCGAACUGCGAGAGAGAGGGGGAAAAAAGGCUGGAGGGGGAGAGCAAAUAAACUAAUAUAAAAGUGGACAACACCCCCCUCCCACUUUUUCUUUUUAGACCGCCGCAGCUCGCUCCGGCUCCAACGGCAGGCGCAACCGGCCGGAGGAGCGGAUCCGGCGGCCAUAGGAAGCGACGGGGGGGCGCGCGAUUUGGCCACGGUGUCCCUUAGAUAUGGCAAUGGUAGUGGGCGCCUGGCGAGACCCGCAGGACGAUGUGACCGGCCCGCAAGGAACGCAGCCUUCGCAAGCUCCCCCUGUGCCGGGAGCCCCCACGGGCGCCCCACACACCCCACAGACGCCGGGCCAAGGUGGGCCCCCCAGCACCCCGGCUCAAACCACCCCGGGCAGCCAGCAAAACCAAGGAGAGAAACAACAGCAGCAACAGCACAUCGAAUGCGUGGUGUGCGGGGACAAAUCCAGCGGCAAACACUACGGGCAAUUUACGUGUGAAGGCUGCAAGAGUUUCUUCAAGCGGAGCGUCCGGAGGAACCUCAGCUACACGUGCCGCGCGAACCGGAACUGCCCCAUUGACCAGCAUCACCGCAACCAAUGCCAAUAUUGUCGCCUCAAGAAAUGCCUGAAGGUUGGCAUGAGACGGGAAGUUUCUUUUUUAUUUACUGCAGCCGUCCAGCGGGGCAGAAUGCCGCCUACACAGCCGACCCACGGCCAGUUCGCCUUAACCAACGGGGACCCCCUGAACUGUCACUCGUACCUCUCCGGAUAUAUUUCUCUCUUGCUGCGGGCAGAGCCUUACCCGACCUCUCGCUUCGGCAGCCAGUGCAUGCAGCCGAACAACAUUAUGGGCAUCGAGAACAUUUGUGAGUUGGCCGCUCGGAUGCUUUUCAGCGCCGUGGAAUGGGCUCGGAACAUUCCUUUCUUCCCCGACCUCCAGAUCACCGACCAGGUGGCUCUCCUGAGGCUCACCUGGAGUGAGUUGUUUGUCCUCAACGCCGCCCAGUGCUCCAUGCCUCUCCACGUCGCCCCGCUCUUGGCAGCCGCCGGCCUCCACGCGUCGCCCAUGUCCGCCGACCGCGUGGUCGCCUUUAUGGACCACAUACGCAUUUUCCAAGAGCAGGUGGAGAAGCUGAAAGCCCUACACGUGGAUUCGGCGGAAUACAGCUGCUUGAAGGCGAUUGUCCUCUUCACCUCAGAUGCGUGUGGUCUAUCCGAUGUUGCCCACGUUGAAAGUUUACAAGAGAAGUCCCAGUGCGCUCUGGAAGAGUACGUCAGGAGUCAGUAUCCAAACCAGCCCACCCGUUUUGGGAAACUGUUGUUACGUCUCCCCUCUCUUCGCACCGUCUCUUCCUCGGUCAUAGAGCAAUUGUUUUUCGUCCGUUUGGUAGGUAAAACCCCCAUAGAAACCCUUAUCAGAGAUAUGCUACUAUCCGGAAGCAGUUUUAACUGGCCGUAUAUGGCCAUCCAAUAAGAGGGGAGGAAAAAAGGGGGAAAAAUAAUAUGUUGGAGAGAGGAAAAAUAAAAAUAAAUAAAACAUGUAAUUCCGCAAAUCAGAGAAUUUGGACAAAGCAAAACAAAAGCAAAAAGUAAAAAAAAAAUAUAUGGAAAAUUUGGAACAGAGGAAUGGCGAGUGACAUUGGGGUCUGGCGGUUGUGUAAACGUCCUUCGGUUAAGCAAGGAUGUCACAUCUUGGCUAAAAGAAGAGAGGAGAAUAAUUUGAAUGGACUAUGGAUUUUUUUUAAAAAAGAGAGACUUGUUCAAUGGACUUUUUACACAAUGCAUUAAAAUUCCCUUGUCUUUCACAAGUUACUAUUUCUCUCUCUCUCUCUCUUUCUCUCUCUCUCUCUCUUUUGAAAAAAAUCUUUCUUUCUUUCUUUCUUUCUUUCUUUCUUUCUUUCUUUCUUUCUUUUGAGGGGGUGUUAAAACUUCGAAAUGCAACCUCUCACUAAAAGUGCAUUUUUUAAAAAGCAAACCUGUAGAAAAUUAACAUAAUGGGAAAAAUUCUCUUUCUUCCUCUCUGUUUCUCUCUCUGUCUCUCUCUCACACACACCCUCCCUCCCUCCUUCCCUCCCUCCCUCUUUCUCUCUCUCUCUCUCUCUCUCUCUCUCCAAAUUAUUGAUUUGUCCAACAUUGUCUGUGUACCUAUAGGAUUUUGUUUUGGUUUUUUUUAAAAAAAAAAGAAAAAAAAAGAAAUCCUGGUUCCAAACCAGUUUAUUCUGUGGUUCUAUAAUAAUUUUGAUAUAAUCUUGGUUUCAUUUUUCUUUUCUUUCUUUCUUUCUUUUUUUUUUUAAAGAACUGUGUAUCCUUUAAAAAGUAUAUGUUCUGAAAGAAUUAAAACUGUCUUGGAAAGGUUUCUGAGAAGAUCAUAAAAUUGGGAAUAAAGACACCCCCCACCCCCCAAAAAAAUAAUUCUAGAAAGAUGGAAGCGCACUUAAAUCCGGUCAGCCAAAAAUUUAGCUUCAAGCUACAACAACUAUAAUUAUAGCGUGUUUUUUUUAAAGUGAACCACGAUCAACCUGCUUGGAGAUGUAUGUGUCAAUUGUGUGAUGUGUAUGUGUGGUAUGUAUAUACAAUGCACACACAUAUACACACAAAAACACAUAAAUGCAUAUAUGGCAAAAUAUGAUUUUUGGAAGGGAAUUGGCUAUUUUUUUGGAGGGAGAUUGUGUCCAAGACACAAGAUGGUUUUGGUAAAGAAAAAAAAAACAUGCAUACAUAUAUGUACACAGAAAUUCCAGAGAGACUCAUCACAAAGUUAACUUUUUUGUAAUUUGAAUGAAAUUGGGUUCUGCCUAGUUGUCCGAGUUCCUCUAUCUGUUUGUAUAUUUGCAAGCUCUUUGUAUUAUAAUACUUGUUGAUAUUUUCCCUUUUUUUAAAGAAAAAGAAAAAAAAAACCAUUGAAUUCAGCAUGACAAAAAAAAAUAACACUACUGUUGGCACUUAUAGAUAAUGUGGUUGAUUCAGUACCUUAGAGUUUACAGUUUUUUGUGUUUUAAAGAAAAAAAAACGGAAGGUUUUUUUUUAAGUGCAACAUUUCUGUAUACUGUAAAAGUUAUAAUAACUGAAAACUGUUUGGUCCAGUCUUUGUGUGUUAUAUUCCAAGGAAAAAAAUUGAAAGUAUUCAGAAAUUAAAAUAUUAUUUGAUAUCUGA